AUGACAAAUUGUUGCUCGGCGUGUAGUGUCCAGGGCUGCGAUGGUGGCUGCCUUGGUGGGGCUGCCGCGGUGGAGUGGUGUCUGUCGUGGAGCUGUUUCGGCUUCGAGUGGAGAGGACCGGUAGGUUAUCGGCGGCGUGGCUGGAGAUCGGCAGUAGCAGGAACGGCGCCCGUGGUUGGAGAGGACGGCGGCUUCUGGCGGCAGUGCCUGAAGCGGCUGUGUUGGCUGGGACGGCAACGCUGGACAGAGGCUGAAGCAGCUAUCGGCGGCGUGGCUGGAUCGGGUUGUGUUGGUCGGGUUUGUGGUCAAAGGCUGGAGUUCGUGGUUUAUGGUCGGCGGUGCUUGUGGUCGGCAACGUGA